AUGUUUCGGGCUACUGUGUUUGAUAAAUUGCUGGAUAAAGCGACGAGUAAUCUACGCCUAGAUCCUGACUGGCCAUCUAUCUUACAAAUCUGUGAUUUAAUAAGACAGAAUGAUUGUUCACCUAAAUAUGCAGUUCCAGCAGUGAAAAAGAAGCUUUAUUCUCAGAACCCACACCAAGCAAUGUUUGCGCUCCUUACUCUCGAGAGCAUUGUUAAAAAUUGUGGGUCUGGAGUACAUGAUGAGGUGACAUCUAAAGUGUUUUGCGAAAUGCUCCGUGAUUUAGUUAAAACAACACAACAUGAAAAUUUAAAAAACAAAAUUCUUGAACUGAUACAAGCUUGGGCAUUUGCUUUUAGAAACAUCCCUAAAUAUAGAGCUGUGCAGGAUACAGUCAAUAUAUUGAAGGCUGAAGGUCAUAAAUUUCCACCAUUGAAAGAAUCUGAUGCAAUGUUCUCAGCUGACACAGCCCCUGAGUGGGCAGACGGUGAAGUCUGUCAUAGGUGUCGUGUAGCAUUCUCAUUGAUUGUCCGUCGUCACCAUUGCCGUGCCUGCGGUCAAGUGUUCUGCCAACAGUGCAGCUCUAAGACAUCGACUCUGCCAAAAUUUGGAAUUGAAAAAGAGGUGCGAGUGUGUGAUGCUUGCUUUGAUAAAGUGAGCAGACCACCAUCAUCUACUGCCAAGAUUGAAAUUAAUGACCCUUCAAGUGACUAUGGUCCAGCACCAGCUCCGGUAAGAAUGAUAUACUUUCCUAGUAACACACAUUUGAUUUCUUUAUUACACAUUCACCUUGGUAUCUUGUAG